UUAGCCUUUAGCUAGCUGCCCAGCCACAGCGUAGCUUAUGUUGCCUAGCAACCGUACGUAACAGCGUGAAGCGCAGGAGAAACAAGGAACAGAGGGUUUUUUUUUUUUUUUUAGCCAUUUCUCCUGAUUUCUCUGUCAUUCUUCGUCUUUUGUAGUAAAGGCCGUUUGAUAGUAAAAAGAGGAACUCGGUUAGUUUUAUUCUAAGAUGUUCAAAUACGUACAAGAAAUUAAUAUGAGCAAAUUUACACAUUUUCAGGUGACAUGUUUGUUAAACGGACUGAGUCGUGAUGACGCGGCCAGUGAAAACGUUUCAAUCGGGUUUCUGAUUAAUUAAUGCGAUUGGUCCCACCUGCAGCUGCGCAUACAAACAACACCAUGAAGGUCCAGUUGCUCCCGCCCAGCCCCAGAAACUGGUUUGAAGAGAACUGUUCAGAUAAACCCAUGAAACCCGGAGCGUCCAUUCGGGAUCUAGUUCUGACUCCGGAACGGAUCCCGACCUUCAUCAUCCCCUCUUCAUACCGGGCCUCCCCGAUGUUCGGCCCGGACUCCCCGACCCGCUCCAGGCUCCUGUUGGAAGGUGACGACGAGGACCCAACCGGAACCAGCCCGACCCGGUGGUCCUCCAGGCGUCGCCUGCUCUCUCCGCGCGACUGCCGCUGUCGCGUCGCCGACAUGGACCCGACGACGCGCGCGGCGACGUCGCUGCCGCACGUACCGAAGGUGACGACGUCUUACGGCUUCCGCGGCGUGUUGGCCACCACGCCGUCCACCAACCGGAGGGAAUCUCUGUUUCACCGCAGCAGACGCGUCAAGGUGACUGUUAACGCCCCGGUACCAAAGGACACAGCCGAAGUUUCUCCUGCUGGCGGUACCGGACGGUCCUGGGUCGGCUUGCUGGGCCUGAAUGUGAUGGAGGAGCUGAAGAAAUCUGCAGCUGCUCUGAAGGCGCUCAGUCCUGCUGCUCGUUCUCAAAUGAGAUGAUCUCAAUUUACUCAAGUGUUGUAUUAUGGCCAGGUAUUUUAAUAAA